UGCCGCUGAUCUAUUUGGGAAGUUGGCUGGCUGGCGAGGCAGAGCCUCCGCUCAAAGCCUGGCUCCCACGGAAAAUAUGCUCAGUGCCGCCGCGUGCAUGAAUGAAAACGCCGCCGGGCGCUGCUAGUCGGGCAAGAUGCAGCCGGGAACUCCGCUCGUCCUGUGCGUCCUGCUGUCCCAGGUGCUGCUGCUAACAUCUGCAGAAGAUUUGGACUGUGCGCCUGGAUUUCAGCAGAAGUUGUUCCAUAUCAAUCAACCAAUCGAAUUCAUCAAGGACCAGUCCGUUCUCAACUUGACCUUCAGUGACUGUAAGGGAAAUGAGAAGCUGCGCUACGAGGUCUCAAGCCCGUACUUCAAGGUGAACAGCGACGGUGGCUUAGUGGCCCUGAGAAACAUAACCGCCGUGGGCAGGACCCUCUUCGUCCAUGCACGGACUCCCCAUGCCGAAGACAUGGCCGAACUCGUGAUCGUUGGGGGGAAAGACGUCCAGGGAUCCUUGCAGGAUAUAUUUAAAUAUGCAAGAACUUCUCCUGUUCCAAGACAAAAGAGGUCCAUCGUGGUAUCUCCCAUCUUAAUUCCAGAGAAUCAGAGGCAGCCGUUCCCGAGAGAUGUCGGCAAGGUGGUUGACAGCGACAGGCCUGAAGGGUCCAAGUUCCGGCUCACCGGAAAGGGAGUGGAUCAGGAGCCGAAGGGCAUUUUCAGAAUCAAUGAGAACACGGGGAGCGUCUCUGUGACUCGGACCUUGGACAGAGAAGCCAUCGCUACUUACCAGCUGUUUGUGGAGACCACUGAUGCCAACGGGAGAACGCUCGAGGGCCCGGUGCCUCUGGAAGUCAUCGUGAUUGAUCAGAAUGACAACAGGCCCAUCUUCCGGGAAGGCCCCUACGUCGGCCACGUCAUGGAGGGGUCUCCCACAGGGACCACGGUGAUGCGCAUGACCGCCUUCGAUGCAGAUGACCCAGCCACCGACAACGCCCUCCUGCGCUACCACAUCCGCCAGCAGACGCCGGACAAGCCGUCCCCCAACAUGUUCUACAUCGAUCCCGAGAAGGGGGACAUUGUCACCGUGGUGUCCCCCGCGCUGCUGGACCGGGAGACCCUGGAGAACCCCAAGUACGAGUUGAUCAUCGAGGCUCAGGACAUGGCUGGACUGGAUGUGGGGCUGACGGGCACCGCCACAGCCACGAUCGUGAUCGAUGACAAGAAUGAUCACUCCCCGAAGUUCACCAAGAAAGAGUUUCAAGCCACGGUGGAGGAAGGAGCCGUGGGGGUCAUCGUCAAUCUGACCGUUGAGGACAAGGAUGACCCGGCCACAGGCGCGUGGAGGGCUGCCUACACCAUCAUCAACGGGAACCCGGGGCAGAGCUUCGAGAUCCACACCAACCCCCAGACCAACGAGGGGAUGCUCUCUGUCGUGAAGCCCCUGGACUACGAGAUUUCGGCCUUCCACACCCUGCUGAUCAAAGUGGAGAACGAGGACCCGCUCGUCCCCGACGUGUCCUACGGCCCCAGCUCCACCGCCACCGUCCACAUCACGGUGCUGGACGUCAACGAGGGCCCGGUCUUCUUCCCAGACCCCAUGACGGUGACGAGGCGCGAGAACAUCUCCGUGGGCACCGUGCUGCUCACGGUCAACGCCACGGACCCCGACUCCCUGCAGCACCAGACCAUCAGGUAUUCUGUUUACAAGGACCCAGCAGGCUGGCUGAACAUCAACCCCAUCAACGGCACCGUGGACACCACAGCUGUGCUGGACCGCGAGUCUCCGUUCGUCCACGACAGCGUGUACACUGCCCUCUUCCUGGCUAUCGACAGUGGCAACCCUCCUGCCACUGGCACGGGGACCUUGCUGGUGACCCUGGAAGACGUGAAUGACAACGCUCCCGUCAUCCACCCCACGGUAGCCGAAGUCUGCGAUGACGCCAAAAACCUCAGCGUCGUCAUCUUGGGAGCGUCAGAUAAGGAUCUGCACCCAAACACGGAUCCUUUCAAGUUUGAAAUCCACAAACAAACUGUUCCUGACAAGGUCUGGAAGAUCUCCAAGAUCAACAACACGCACGCCCUGGUGAGCCUGCUGCAGAACCUGAACAAAGCCAACUACAACCUGCCCGUCAUGGUGACAGAUUCGGGGAGACCGCCCAUGAGCAGCGUCACAGAUCUCAGGGUGCAAGUGUGCUCCUGUAAGAAUUCCAAAGUGGACUGCAACGCCGCGGGGCCCCUGCGUGCCAGCCUGGCGGCCGCCCUGCUCACCACACUCUUCACCUUAGCCUGUCUGUGAGAACUGCUGACGUCCGAAGCUUGACUCCCAAGUUCCCAUAGCAACAGGAAAAAGAACAAAGAACAGUCUAUCCAAAUCUGAAGAUGGUGGUUUGCAGCUCUCGAACUCCAUGCCUGGGCCUCGGUCGUUGCUGGUUUCUGUUUUCUUUGCGAUUUCACUUAGUCUGUACUUGGCCAUCUCGACGGCAUCUCCCCUCCUCUUUUAAUUAACGGAAUCCUCUGAGUUGUCCCUGAGUGACUAGCGAUCAGACAGGUAACUUGAGCUUGUGGGGGCAGGAGCAGUGACUACUUUCUCUGAUGUGUUGCCAUGACGCCGGCCAGUGCGCCACACAUCCGGCUUUGUCUGUGGGUUAGUCUUUGUAUAUGUAUGAGUAUCUGUAUGUGUAUAUACACGGUAUUUAUAGACAGACCGCGAGGAGAAGCCUAGCUUCCAUACAUCAUUCUUCCGUGAAUGGUGAGAGAGGGGAGACGCGACCACGGCUGGACCCUCCCGGGGCCUCAGCAUCUGCCCACACACCACAGGGCACUGAAGCUGCAGCUCCACCACCCGUCCAGUCUGCCCACUGCCAUGACAGCCAUGCAGGUGCAAGAGGGGCCGCGCAGAGAAAGGAGUCCUUUCUCGUCAGUGUGAGGACUGCCGGCACGCGCCAUGGUCCUGAGCCAAGGCGGUGAUGAGCAGAGAAGGGAAUUUUACGGUCAGACGCCAGGCAAAGGGCAGAGACGCUCUUUCCAGGGGAUCAGCCCACAGCGGUGUGCAUCCCGAGUCCCCGGUAGCGCUGGUCCCACUGUAGACAGUCUCUCCCACAUCCCCUGGAGCGCCAUCACGGAGGUGAGGUCGCACACACAUACCAAGAGGUCGGCAGGUACCAUGUUGUAUACACAUAUGUACCCACCUGUAUAGACAGACAUGUAUGCACCUACACGCCGUUUGUUUCCUAGACACACGCAUAAACUAGAGUACAUGCAGGUAGUUUUAAAAGUACCCUUUUGUGUGGAUCGACUACCGUUGUUUGCAAACCUGAAAAUAAACGCUGUUUCUUCUGUA